UAAGGGAAGGGGACCCGAAGAAAGCUGACAACUUUUCCUCUGCCUGAUGCCCGCGUCCUGAACGGGCUUUAAGUUAUGGCGGCCUCGGCGCCGACGCCGCCCGCGACUGCAUUUCCAGCUGAGGGCAGAUGCAGUUACUACGUGGAAAAGAAGAAGCGGUUCUGCAGGAUGGUGGUGGCUGCAGGGAAAAGGUUCUGUGGUGAACACGCUGGAGCCGCGGAGGAAGAAGAUGCCCGCAAAAGAAUCUUGUGUCCUUUAGAUCCAAAACAUACAGUAUAUGAAGAUCAACUAGCAAAGCAUUUGAAAAAAUGUAACUCAAGAGAGAAGCCAAAACCUGAUUUCUUUAUUCAAGAUAUUAACGCAGGCUUAAAAGAUGAAGUGGAAAUACCUGAACAAUUAGUUCCAAUUUCUUGUCUAUCUGAAGAGCAGUUGGAAAACUUAAUUAAGAAAUUAAGAAAAGCCAGCAAAGGUUUGAAUUCUACACUUAAACACCACAUUAUGUCCCAUCCAGCUUUACAUGAUGCCCUUAAUGAUCCUAAAAAUGGUGAUUCUGCAGCCAAGCACCUGAAACAGCAGGCUUCUAUUUUAGGUAACAUUGAAAAAUUAAAGUUACUUGGUCCAAGAAGAUGCUUCGUGGAGUUUGGAGCAGGAAAGGGAAAAUUGUCUCACUGGGUGGAUAUUGCCUUAAAAGAUGCUGAAAAAGUUCACUUCAUCUUAGUAGAAAAGGUGACCACAAGAUUCAAGGUAGAUGGUAAACACAGGAAGAAAAAUUCAGUGUUUGAAAGACUUCAAAUCGAUAUUCAACACUUGUGUUUGAACAAGAUUCCUGUGCUAAAAGAAAGAAAACUACCUGUGGUAGGAAUUGGAAAGCAUCUGUGUGGUGUGGCGACAGAUCUUGCAUUACGAUGUUUGGUUGAAACCUAUGCUGCCAGUUGUGAGGAAAGAAAUGAAGAACCUUUAGCCAAACGCAUAAAGAAUGAUAAAACAGAAAAAGAAAUUAACACUUUGGCCAAGGAAGGAAAUGAAAAAAAUGUCCCAGAGAAGUGGACCCCUGUGGCUGGCAUUGUUAUUGCACUCUGUUGUCACCACAGGUGUGAUUGGAGACAUUAUGUGGGCAAAGAGUAUUUCAGGGCUCUGGGCCUUGGAGCAGUGGAAUUCCACUAUUUCCAGCGAAUGAGUAGUUGGGCGACUUGUGGGAUGCGGAAAACAGCUAUGGAAGCCUCAGAUAGUACCACGAAGAGGAAAGAUAAUCCGAACGAUGACAGUGAAGAGCAUGAAGAGGGAGGAUGUGGAAUCACAGAUGACAGCACUGAAAGCUUGCCUGGGCUUCUUACUGUUGAAGAAAAGAAGAAAAUAGGGCAUCUUUGUAAAUUGCUCAUUGACCAAGGUCGAAUCCAGUAUUUGCAGCAGAAGGGAUUCAGUCCUGCCUUACAGUACUAUACAGACCCUCUGGUGUCUUUGGAAAAUGUAUUGCUUACUGCUUUACCAAAUCAUUCUUCAUCUCCAGAAGCAACUGUUUAAUGGAAAAGAAAUUUGAACGAUAUCUGUCUUCCACCAAAAAAGAAGUUUUUAAUUAUAUUUUUAUAUUCACAAAAAUAUAAUUUAAAUAGCAGACUAUAUGAACGUUAAAAAAUGCUGUGGCCUCAUUAAACUUUUGGUAAUAGCUUUGUUUUUUACUUCAGAGGUCCAAACAUGAGAGAAUUCACCAAAUUCCCAGAGUAAUCCUCCUCUGCAGGGCAUCUUGAAUUAUAUUAUCCUUCAGUAUUUACAGAGAUUGGUAAAGUAGUUGAACAGUUGACUUGGUGAUCUGAAACACACAUAAUACAUCAACAUCAUAUUAAGUUUUUAUUUGUAUUAAUUAUGGAAAUUCAUUUUCUUUUGAUAUUG